GGGGCGCUGGGCCCCGCGGCGGCCCCGCUGCGUUCCCGGUGGGGCUGGGGUGAGGGACUCUUCAGCGUAGCUCCUAAAAGUGAAAGCAAAGUCAGCCGUAAUGACUCACUGCCCACGUUAGAGGCGUAUAGAGUGCUGCUUUUCCGGAUACAACUGCAUCUGUGCCCUGAAGAAGUACAGUCCAGUUCUGUUAGAGCGCUUUGUGAGCAAGCCCAAUUGUUCCUGAACCAAACAUACUUAAGGACCUCCUUCUGGAUGACCAAUGUGUAUUUUAACCGAUUAUAUCGGAAACUAAGUCUCCAACUUCCCAUUCAUUCCAGCUGGUAGCAACGCUUACAAUGCAAAAAAAUCACAAUUCAGGAUCACACAAACAUUACUCUUAAAACUUUCUAGAUGAUUGUAGUUGCUUUGGUUGUGUUCUAUGCUAGCAGAAGCCUUUUUCAAGGUUUACUGUUGACUCUAGAGCACCAUAUUCCCCGUUUACUGGGAGCCUUGGGGGCUAGCAAUAUGGGAAACUCAUGUGUUUGCCGCGAUGACAGCGGAGCAGAAGACAACGUGGAAUCUCAGAGUCGGCAAACGGAGAACAGUAGAGUACAUGUACCUGAAGCAAGAAGCCACCCAAGGGACCCUGUCCGUCCACCCAGGAGGGGUCGAGGGCCUCAUGAACCAAGAAGGAAAAAACAGAAUGUGGAUGGGCUAGUACUUGACACACUGGCUGUAAUUCGGACGUUAGUAGAUAAUGACCAGGAGCCUCCUUAUUCAAUGAUCACGUUGCAUGAAAUGGCAGAAACAGAUGAAGGCUGGUUGGAAGUUGUCCAAUCUUUAAUUAGAGUUAUUCCAUUAGACGAUCCCCUGGGACCAGCUGUUAUAACGCUACUACUUGAUGAAUGUCCGCUGCCAACAAAAGAUGCAUUACAAAAGCUAACUGAAAUAUUAAACUUGAGUGGAGCUGCUGCUUGCCAGGAUGCUUGUUACCCUGCCAAACACCGGAAUACAACUGCAGUACUGGGCUGCUUAGCAGAGAAGUUAGCAGGUCCUGCGAGCAUAGGCUUACUCAGCCCAGGCAUAUUGGAAUAUUUACUUCACAGCUUGAACUUCCAGUCCCAUCCGACAGUGAUGCUUUUUGCACUAAUAGCACUGGAGAAGUUUGCACAAACAAGUGAAAAUAAAAUGACAGUUUCUGAAUCGUGCAUUAGCGACCAACUGAUCUUGCUAGAGAAAUGGACAGAUAAUCCAGACUAUUUAAAACGCCAGGUUGGAUUCUGUGCCCAGUGGAGUUUAGACAAUCUAUUUUUAAAAGAAGGCAGGCAGUUUACAUAUGAGAAGGUUGACUUGACCAACAUUAGGGCUAUGCUGAACAGCAACGAUGUCAGUGAAUACCUGAAGAUCUCUCCACAUGGAUUAGAGGCUCGAUGUGAUGCCUCAUCCUUUGAAAGCGUUAGAUGUACGUUCUGUGUCGAUUCUGGAGUUUGGUACUAUGAAGUUACAGUCAUUACUUCGGGAGUGAUGCAGAUAGGAUGGGCUACCAAAGACAGCAAAUUUCUCAAUCAUGAAGGUUAUGGCAUUGGGGACGAUGAAUACUCCUGUGCAUAUGAUGGCUGCCGGCAGCUGAUUUGGUAUAAUGCCAGAAGUAAACCACAUUCCCAUCCCUGUUGGAAAGAAGGAGACACAAUAGGAUUUCUACUAGACUUGCAAGAAAAGCAAAUGAUCUUCUAUUUAAAUGGAAACCAGCUUCCUGCCGAGAAGCAAGUAUUUUCAUCUGCUGUAUCUGGCUUUUUUGCUGCAGCUAGUUUCAUGUCCUAUCAACAAUGUGAGUUCAACUUUGGGGCAAAACCUUUCAAGUACCCACCAUCAAUGAAGUUUAGUACCUUUAAUGAUUAUGCCUUUCUGACAGCAGAAGAGAAAAUCAUUUUGCCCAGACACAGGCGCCUGGCUCUGUUGAAGCAAGUGAGUAUCCGAGAGAACUGCUGCACGCUUUGCUGUGAUGAGGUAGCAGACACAGAACUCAGGCCGUGUGGACACAGUGACCUGUGCAUGGAGUGUGCCUUGCAACUGGAGACCUGCCCUUUGUGUCGACAGGAAAUACAGACCCGAGUCAGACAGAUCUCUCACAUUUCAUGACACAUGUGGAGAAAUACCACAGACUUGUUUUGAAUGAACUCCAACCAAUACUGAAAGGGGAAAGCAUCUCUAACCAAUCCUUACGCACAUAGAACCAUAGCCACGGCCAGAUUUCAUGCUAAACUGUAAUCUGUUUAUCUUAAAAAUGAAAUCUUUAAUAAGCUAUUUCAGGUUGCCAGCGAUGGGGACUGGUUUCAACAGUAAGGAAAGCUGGUAGGUCAGCGUGCUAUGGCUAUUGGUUCCUCCAAGCAAGACAAGAGGAGAGUGUGUCUCUUCCUCCCCCUUCUUGCCUGUCGCAAGUGCUGAAAAAAUUUGCACUGGAAGUACACGUACAAUGCAUUCUAGAAAAGAAGAGAAAAAUAUCUCCUAAAACAGGGCCGUUCUGUCUUGCGCUCGAAAGUCUCUAUUUUUGGCAGAAGUCAGUACUAAAAAGAGAAUGCCAAUGUUUUCCUGUUUAAUGUAGCCUCCUGCUGGUCAGAGACUCUGUAUUUUCCGGCAGUGGAUAUUAAACUGCUCAAAGACUUAAUCUGUACACAGACUGAUUUGAAAAGACAGUGUGGAGACUGUAGAGAAACUCACAUGUUUUAAUAACUUGGUGAUUCCAAAGAAUGUUCUGAUUUGUUUUUAAACGUUAAAAGAUCGGUGGUAUUUUCAAGUACAUAAUGUUUCUGAUGCUUUUAACUUCAGUAUCCACAUUUUUUUGUGAGGAUAUAAUUUUCAGGAUGUAUUCUUAACUAAUUAUAACGCUGGACUGGAAUUAAUUUGAUAUUCUGGGUAUUUUUUAAGGUAUCAUCGAACAUCUUUUUUAAUCCGUGUUGUUUUUGAAAGUUAUAUUCACUUUGGAAAUAUUGAGCUAUCUUAAAAGAUUGGAGGAGAAUUUUGGGCCAGUUUAUUUAAAAAAAAAAACACGUUAUUUGGAUACCAAGUUCGGUCUUAUUCUGUAACUCUUUAAAAAUGCACCUUGCUUGCCACGUGUCAGUCCUGCUCUGAGCAGGUUUGGGGCCACACUUCAUAUUUUCGGUAGGGAUCAUACAGUGGGAAUCUCUGCUCCACUUUAAUUACACAUUUGUGACGUUUGUAUGUUAAGGAUGCAUUUCAGCAGGCAGCUUUUGACUGUUUUACUAGGUUUCUACAAGGAAUCAGGGUUCACAGCUGGUGUCGGUGAAGUAGCACAAAAAUCAGUGGAGUUAUGCUUAUUUUGCACCAACGGAGGAUAUGACUCGGUCUCUUCCAAGACUUGUACAGGUUGCUUUUUUAAAUUAUCUGGCUAUAUAGUAGAACUUUACUGAUUCACACACAACUUACACCAAAACCAUCCCACUUCUUGGCAGUGGUUCAACAGCAGAGGCUGUUGUAGUGAAUUCUCAUGCUGCGAU